AUGCGCAUACAAGCCGCCCGAUCGGAGCGCAGUCCGUUGACGCGUCCUCCGCCACACUCGCAUCUCGAAUACUCGCCAACUGCUAUCAUCGAGGCAUGUCCCAGCGUUGACUGCUACUCGCUCGAGCUCACGUCGGUCGCUUGUAGCAAGCAUCGACAGCGCCGAUGCUUCGGUGCAUCCGCACCGCGCUCCAUGAACAUUGACAAGCCCCUCGAGGAGAUCAUUGCCGCUCGCCCCAAGCGUGCCGGUGCCGGUGCCGGCCGUACCGGCCAGCGCGGACGCAAGGGUGGCCGCAGCGGCCGUCCCAGUGCCAAGGCUGCCGCCGUCGGCGCCGGUGCCCAGAACGCCGCGGUGAUCGCCGCCUCCAACCGCAACAGGCCCCCCGUCGUGAUCCCCGGCCGCAGCGCCAACACCGGCAGCAAGAUCAUCCUCAGCAACCUGCCUCUUGACGUCACCGAGGCACAAGUCAAGGAACUCUUUUCCACCACCAUCGGCCCUCUGCGCAAGGUGGCCAUGAGCUACCGCGCCAACGGCCAGUCGACGGGCGUCUGCACCGUCGAGUUCCAGCGCGCCGACGACGCCGGUCGCGCCUACACUCAGUACAACAACCGAUUGAUCGACGGCAAGAAGCCGCUCAAGGUCGAAGUCGUCGUGGACCCCGCCAAGGUCGCUGCGGCGCCAGCAGCUGGUGCGCGCGGUGCCAAGGGUGCAGCGGGUGCCGCCGCCGCCGGAGCCAAGGGCCGAGGUGGCCGUGCUCCUGCCGGUGCUGCCAAGCGCGGCCGCGGCGGACGUGGCAACGGCAGCGGCAGUGGCGCCAAGCGUGAGGCGCGCCCCAAGAAGACGGUCGAGGACCUUGACGCCGAGAUGGAGGACUACAACAAGCAGGGCUCCACCGACGCUGCCCCCGCCGCCUAA